AUGCCGACACUCGUGAACUGGAACGAUGAGAUCAAGUUUAGCGUCGCAAAAGGCAAGCUGAAGACUCCAAGCAGCAUCGAGGAAGUCCAGGAGAUCGUCAAAGAAGCCCACGCCAACCAUGCCAAAGUUAAAGCCAUCGGGGCUAUGCACUCCAUCACUCCCUGCUUCGUUGGUAGUGAUAUCAUUGUUUCCACCGACAAAUUGAACAAGAUCUUGUCGAUCGACAAAGACCAUGGCACCGUCACGGUUCAAGCUGGUGUAUCUAUCAAUCAGCUCUGUGAAUACCUCAAGCCUUUGGGUUACCAGCCUCCGGUCAUUCUGGAAUGGGGCAAUUUUCACUAUGGCGCCAUCAGCGGCACGCAUGCCAACGACUCCUCUCUGGCAGACGGAGCCCAGGUGUCAUCUUUUGUACUUGGAGUUAAGCUGGUCAAGAGCGAUGGGCAGCUGCUCGAGAUCUCCGAGACGCAGAAUGCACAGUAUCUGCCCGCCAUCAGGUCUCACUUCGGUCUGUUCGGUGUUGUGUGCGAGGUGACCCUCCGCAUCUGGCCGAUCAGAUCUCUGCUCUUCACCUACGAGACGCAAAGCAUCGAGAAGUUCACGGGUGACUUCGAAGGUCAGAUGCAGAAGCUGCGUUCUUCAGCCGAUCAAUCUUUUGCCCUUCUCUUCCAGAAUGUCGACACGAUUCUCAUCCAGAAGCGCAAAUUCCAAGACGUUGACAAGCGUCCGCCGCAUCCUCUGACCAACUCACUGGAGAGCAAGGCAAUCAACUUGUUUACGAGUCUUGUGCUUCCUGCCACGCAGGCUCUUGCGGGCUUGCAGCUUUCCGCCAAGCAUGCAGAAGGUCUUAGCAACUUUCUCGUCAAAGGUCCACUCGACGCCUUGCGAGGCAGCGAGUUCGUCAUCAACCCGAAUGAUCGUGGUAUCCUCUACGCAGAGGACGAUCCGAACUUCGAGUUCCAUGACUGGGCGUUUCCUGAAGAAAAGUGGCCAGGCAUGGUUCGUGCUUACCGCGAGCUGCUUGACCGCUUCAGAGAGGAGAGGGACUUUUUGAUCACGCUGCCAACCAUUGUCUACUUCAUCCAGAAGGACGACAGGUCGCUCCUCUCUCGUAGCAGGAACUCCGACAUGGUUGUAGUCGAUCCAGAGCAUCAUGAUCCCAAAGACCCCAGGUGGAAGGCUUUCAGGAAAGCUUUUGGCGAGCUGGCGAUUCAGCACGGCGGCAUCCCGCACAUCAACAAGACUGUUGAGGCUGCGCAGAUUUGGUACGCCAAGGCGUGUGACCAAGAGGCGCUGAAAGAGUACCUGGAGCUUCGCAAGCAGUUUGAUCCUGAUGGCAUGUUCUUGAACGAUUUCUUUGAGAAGCUUUUCGAGGGCUGA